AUGGCUCUCAUCGAUGGCGACAAACUCUUGUCUGCCGCCCAUCCUCUGACCAGUACGUCUUCUCAUUUUUUUUAAUGCCUUUACACACACUCUCCUUAAUCGUUUGGCCAUUUUGCUCAGGGUUGCUGAGCUGCCCGCAAUGGUGUCAUCUAGCAUGUCGAUCUGCCACAGCCACAGCCCCUGAGCAAAUCUAUGAAGACAAAAAAUAAAUAAUGUUUAUUGUUAACAUGUAUUCACAUAAUAUGUGUGUGUGUACAUCUUUUAAUGUGGAUAACACUAAUUUUAUGUUCUCUGUAUUGCAGCCCUGAAUCCGAAGCAGGCAGUGCUCAGGUAUAAAAAAAUACUAAAGGUAUUCCGUAAAGGAGGGACCACCAUGGGUGCUGCGUUCUCGACCGUCGGUGUCGAUCGUAACACAGUGGUGGCCACUGCACCCAUCACUGAGCUUUUUAUCGCUGCACCGAACAGGUACAAGGACAUCUUAGAUGCUCACAAAACUGGUCGUGUAAAACUAGCAGUGUUGGCUUCUGAGUGCUCUCUGGCAAUUGAACAGGAUUCUGCUAUAAAGGAGAAUGUGAAAACACUUUAA